AUAUCUCAAGAAAAUCCCCAAAUAUAAAUAUCAACGGUGAAUUAUAACCGAGAAGUGAGGAAUUAAUUUAUGGAGCUUUCAAACCCAACAUAAUAGUGUUUUUGUUUCGUUUCAAAAAUUAUCAAAUUCUUUGUUCAUCCUCAUUACACGAUCUCACGCCAGCUAUUGCCGCCAUCAUCAGCAUCUAAUCUCAUCUCUGUCUCUUUUGCAGUGAAUCAAAAUGCAAGAUCCGAGGAUGCUAACAUCAGGAGCCAAGCCACGCGUAAAGAAAGUGACAACAUCGAGAACUGCCUUGAUUCAAUUACAAGGUAACAACAAUGUUAGAGAGGCUCAACAGUUGCAGGAUCCUGUAAGAAUAACCGGAAAGUCUUCUAAAAGGCCGAUUCAACAACAAGAGUGGUCAAACUCGGAUUCAUUGCCUGACUCAUCAAGUUCAGGAAGUGAAUACCGUGUUCUGAGAAAGAAAUAUUUGCUUCUGGAGGAAGAAAAUUGCGGAGUGGGAAGAGAGUUGCAGGUGGUUGAAAAGGAGGUUAAGAGUCUUGAAGAUGAGAAAAUCGCAUUGUUAGACCAGCUUGUCGUGUUAGAAGGUCUAAUUGAUCCUCAUGGCUACAAACCGUUUUAACUAGUUUGCUAUUUGUUCGUUUAAUGCAUUGUAUAUUUCAGCUCAAAAAAUAUGUAGUGAUUUAGGUUAGAGUCGUUUUGAAGUUCAAUUCAGUAUCAAAUAUGAAUAUGGAUUGAUCGAUGAUUGGUAAAUUUGUUGCCGAUUCCUGAUCCAUACUCCAUCUACACUUUACUCACAGAUUAUCUGCAUGUUGUAUCAUCUGCAUCAAACAGACAAACAGUCCUGUGCAAUAAAAAGUUAGAAUUACUCAUUUAAUCUCA